CGAGGGCGAGUCGGCUUCUUGCGACACGAACUGCUCCGGAAAGCAUCUAGAAGCCUUUUGUCCUUCGAGAAACCGAUAGGUCCACUGAUGGCGCCAAACGAUGAUGACACUGCAGCUGCAAGGCGUCCACUCGGAGAUGACAUCGAGGGCGAUAUUAUGAGGUUCUCCGAGUUGGACUUUGCGAGGCUUGGGCUGGCAACAGAGCUCAACAAUCACCCCCUUGGUGCUGAUAAGCAGAACCACUUCCUUCCCCUACAACCGUCCUACCCGGAUCGACAGUCAUCAAACACAAGCUUGUUGACUCAUAAUAUCACAAACUUGGCUUCUCCGUCAGUUCCAGGGGCCCUUCCACCUACAGUGUCUCAGGAUCUAUCCCUCGACUUCCAACCGUUGGAUCCCGCCCUAUCAUCCACAAGCCUCUUGCCAGAUCCCUCACGGUCAGAAAGCAGGGGAAGAUCUGGAAGAUCAACACGACACUCGAACUAUGUCAACUCGUGUCAGCAGCCUGGUCUUCCACGACGAAGGAGUCGAUAUCUCCGUCAACAACCCCAAACCUCCACCGAGCCGAUAGCAAUACCCACCCUGAACAGGUCAACAGAUAGUGGUUUGGACCCUAUGCAAAGAUGGCAAGAUUCGCCACCAGAGGCCGAGCCAGCAUCGCUAUCCGCCAUUGUCGAUGCGCUGGAAAAGACACCACUGCGGAGUCGCUCUUCGGCUGGAAGCCCCGGCAGUCAACACUUUGGCAGUCGAGCUGCCUCGACAGUCAGUUUCGGAAGCGGAACAAGCUGCUCUUCAGCUUCCGUUGCAUCCGCCAGCUCUAUAACACACCGAAAUUCAUCCCGCGGACGAGUUACGAAACGAACGAGAACGCCGGCUGCAAAGGGCAAAGAACCGGGAAAGAGAGUCUUUCCUUGCACGUUCUGCUGCGAUUCUUUCAAGAGCAAGUAUGACUGGGCGAGACACGAAAAGUCACUUCAUCUUAACCUUCAAGGUUGGCGAUGUACACCUUUCGGAGGGACCGUCGUGUCUCCCAGCACAGGGAGGAGUCAUUGUGCUUAUUGCAGCCUUCUUGAUCCGACGCCAGAACAUCUCAGUUCCCACAAUCAUGAGAACUGUCAGAACUCGGAUUCAACUCACUUCUUUAGCCGCAAGGACCAUCUCGUUCAGCAUCUGAGGCUUGUCCACCACGUUCAGACAAUGCCCAUCAUCGACUCGUGGAAGGUUGAAGGACCACCUGUGUCAUCAAGAUGUGGCUUUUGCAGUAUCCAGCUGCAUACUUGGCAAGAGCGCGUUGAUCAUCUUACAAAACACUUCCGAGCUGGAGCAACUAUGGAUAGCUGGAAAGGAGAGCAUUGCUUCGAGCCUUCGAUCGCUGCGCAGGUCACCAACGCCAUACCGCCGUAUCUCAUCGCAGCCGAGUCCCGAGCUCUAGUGCCGUUCUCUAGCACUGAUCCAGGCACCAAGGACCACCUGUCUCAAAUCAAGCAUGCAACCCAGCAGAGUUUGGGACAGUGGGACGAUGGAGGUGCUGUGGCAAUGAGUGGCUCGGAGCCGUCCCCUCAGUCAAGCACCCAGCAAGGUUCAUUAGAUGGCGUCCACGAGAGUGCACCCCCGAUGAUGUACCCCGACGUCCUAGCUUUACAUCUCGGCCGCUACGCCCAAGAAAAAAUGAAGCUCGGCAUCAUUCCAACAGACAGGAUGUUUCAGGAGGAGGCGAGGAGGAUCAUGUUUGACUCAGUGGACCCGUGGGAUCAAACCAUUGCCGACAACGACGACUGGCUGUCAUGCUUCCGCAGUCGCCAUCUCAGAGAUGCACCAGGCAGUGGAGAGAACUCGGCGUCCUAG